AUGGCAAGACAGGAUCCCGUACACGGAAGUUCUCGAACGGGCAGGAAUCCUCGGCAUCCACGUCAUGUUGAAGAAACCGCAACCACGCUGGAACAGCCAUCUCGUGAGAACGGAAAAUGCACGUCCACCACAUCAACUCUUCUGCGAAGAUGUCACUACGUGUACGCAUCAACCGGGAGGAUAAAAAUGGCGCUACAAGGUCACUCUGAAGAACUUUCCGAAACGACCGCAAACCAAUCCGGAGACCUCGUCCAGAACAGACCAGCUUGGGGAAGAAAAGUGAAAACUGGCACAGGCAUCUGCGAGGCAAACGGGAUCGCCGCUGCCGAUGCUAAACGGGAGGUUCGCAAAUCGCAAGUGCCUUGGCUCCUCAGUGCCAAAGGCCAGCUGCUUCCAACAUGUCCGCGCUGUCAACGCGCAUUUCGCGCGCCGAUCGGCCUCGUAGGACACCUUCGGGAGCAAUGCAUCAACAACUUGGCAACCUCAACUUCUCAUUCCACGAACACCCCUAUUAUCACCACUACAGCAAACUCCGCGACGACGACGACGACGACAACCACCACCCCUGUCACCGGUGAUCAGACUGCCGAUGCCCAUCCGCCAUCGAUCUCGCGAAUCAUUCACCCUGCCCCAACCCUUGCGUCGAUCACAGCGACCAUCCCCGCUAACAUCACGACCUCUCGCACUCCCCGCUGA